AAUGCCAGACAACUAUCACGUCAAGAAAUUCAUGUGCUGCUCAAAAAUGUUUCGAAAGGUGAUUCCAUCACUGAAAAAGUGCUUUUACUAUUUUCACACCGAGGACACCAUUCAGUUCAUACAGCAGAGUGACAGAGUAGACAAGAACUACAUCUACAGUGAAGCGAAUCUUGCAUUUUUUCUAGUGCUACAGGCCAUCACACAGUGUCUCUCAGUAGUUGUUUAAGGCUUGUUUAUUCCGGAUAUUCUGAAAACAGAAGUCACAACCAAAAGCCAAAUGUAUUUCGAGUAUGUCAAGGCAAAGGGCAAGAAUAAGAAACACAAAGGGAAGGAGCUCCGGUAUUUGAUGAAUUUCGUGGGCUCAACGUCAACCUGGAAGAUUUGUUCUCGAGGUCCACCCACAUGAUACGUAGACUUUCCCCAUUGAAGGUGGACAAUUUCCGCGACAGUAGAGUUUAAAGCCAAGUUGUACUCAUCAUCGGUCACUUCGUGCCCUAGUUUCGUUUUAAUCGUUCGGUUUUGGUGCGUUCUUCUUCCGUUUCGUUCGAAAAUGAAGAAAAAAUGUUGUCGUGACGUUUUCCACUGACACCGUACUGGCAAGACGUAAAAGAUGAAGAACGAGAAGAAGCUUUACUAGAAUCGUGAUGAACCGAACGACAAGAACUACAAGGUGGCGGCCCCACCCCCUUCAAGAUUGAUCUUUGAAAAAUCCGCGACAAUCCUCAAACCUUUUCCAGGACACUGACCCCCCGAAUCCAAUAACCCAGAAAAAUUGUACCCACAUAAUCUUCACACCGUUCUUAUUCCCUUUUCCCCCAGAAGUUGAAGUACUUUGCGACCCCUUUUUGAAAGAGUUCCAGAUCGCGGUCCGAACAGAGGCAAAACCAAAAGAAAUUAUACUCGUGAUCACAAGAUCAGCCUGCUGGUGCGACCGGGCAUUCAUUUGCGAUCAGCCGGGGCCGUAGUGAUCUGCUACGCGAUAGAUUUGCUGGACUGGGAGGUCAUCAAAAUCUGUUUCUACUUUUUCCGCCCUUCAAAGCGGCGCCCUAUAAAUAUAUCUCCAUCCUUAUCCUUUCUACGACUUCUUAACACAGGCACGGCAAUAGUUGUUAGGCUGCAGAAGCGGGAGUAGGUAUGGCGAGUAGAGUAUGAUCAAUUCAUUGCAUCUGCCCAGCAAGUUGUAACGCUAAGGCAAGAAUACUUUAGCUAGUUGUAUAACAUUUUUUGAACCGUAAAAGCUUAUCGAAUUAGAUAGAAACCUCUGAAUUGUGUCAAAAAUUGUGGGGUCUCCGAGGAGGAGUUGCAGCAGACGCUCAUCUUCACGCGAAGAUUCGCCUUUCCUUCUACCACGACCGGCCUACAAGGAUAAAUCGAACUUUCAUCGCGGCAACCCGAACAUUAACUACCCUGUUCAGUUUUACCACAAAGACCAUCUUGACGACCUGAGCCAACGACAUCGUCACACCGGGCAGAGGCAUUCGCAACGAGAAAUCACGAGCUCAAUUUGCACAACGACAACAAAGGUUGGCGCGGAACAUCAGAAUCAAAAGGUCCGAACCAACUUCAACCCGUGGUGGCAUUUGUUUCGACUCGCCCUCGCGGUUUCCCAGUUGCUUAUUAGCAGCGUUUAUCCCGUGCAGAGAUACACGACCAUUGUCCUGACGAAACUGAAAUACUAUCGCCGGAACAAUUAUUACAGUAGCAGUACAAGAAGUACGUCAUCCUCUUCUGCCUCCAGAAAGAACAUUAUGACUCUCUCCUCCACCACGAAUUCCGAUCCGAACCACUCCGACGCGGAUAGUACCCAUUGCGACGGUCUGCUUUUCGCUUCCAGUGGAGAACGAGUGUCGACGAUGUUCAUGGAAAACUGCGAUUUAAACAUGCAAAACAACAUCAACUCUUCGAUGAGCACAAGCUCGUCGGAUCACCAGCAGUAUACAAAUCAAAAUGCGAUCCACGCAACAGCACGCCCUGAGGGGUCUUCCUCUGCUCUCGGCCCCCCGACGGUGUUCUCGAUUCAGCCCACCGGGUCGAAGCAGAGUACGACUUCCGCCCCGGCAAAAGUUCCAAUGCCACCGAGGAAGCGGUACGCCGUCCCCUGCCAGUUUCCGCAAGUGCCCUUCGACCACAGGAGAACGGCGAACCGGAUCUGGAACGUGAAGAAGAAGCACCGAACGGAGAUCAAUGCGGACAUGUGGGACGGGCAGAACCACUACGGCAAGAAAACGGUGGAGAAACUAACCGAGUGGAACAAAAACUGGUGCAGUUUUGGGACUAGGGCGAGAGGGAUAAAAAGGAUAAAUCGCGACGCUUACACACCGGAACAGUUUUACGAAGAAUUCAUGGUCACAAAAACGCCGGUGAUUGUCACGGGCUGCAUGGACGGAUGGCCCGCCAUGGAAAAUUGGACUUUGGAACAUUUAGAAAAACGAUUCCCCCACCAGCAAUUCAAGUGCGGGGAGGACGACGCUGGGAGGAGAUUGUAUCCUGAGGAAAAACGUCCCCACCCCAUAUUCAAGAUGGGAAAUUUGCUAGACAAAUCUACAAGCUUACGGCGUUGCGCAUGACAGGUUCGUUCUCGUACUGUAAUCCUGUUUACCUCCUCGCUCAGAAGCAUCACAAAUCUUGCCUGCCAUGCUGAUUGGAUCAUUACAAAUUCCAAAACACGAACAGAAAAUACCUGUCAUGGGGCUUCGCACGACAAACAUUUUGAGCAUGCGUUUUCGCAUGACAACUCUGGGGUGGGGAUGUUUUGGCUCAGGAUAGAUUGCGCAUAAAAUUCAAGUACUUCGCGGACUACUGCAGGAAACAGCGCGACGACUCGCCGAUCUAUUUGUUUCAGUCCGCGUUGCAGGAGGAAACGGGUAGCAACACGCUUCUAUCUGAUUUCACCGUGCCGGACAUUAUGCCGUUUGAUUUUUUCAACCUUGUCGGUGCCGACAAGAAACCCCCGUACCGCUGGUUCUGUAUCGGCCCCAAGCGGUCGGGAACGACGGUGCACAAAGACCCACUUGGGACGUCCGCCUGGAACGCGGUCGUGACGGGCGCGAAGAGAUGGGUCUUGUUCGAGCCACAGGUGGACAAAAAACUGGUCAAAUCGAAGGAAUUGCGGUUGAAACACGAGGACGACGAGGCGAUUGACUACUUUUUGAACAUCCUGCCCAGGAUCAAGGACCAGAUUGUGCUGGAAAACAAGGACGUCAGGAUGUAUAGAUUUUUGAAAUUUUUUUUUGUGCUGUCAGUCAGUGGCGUUUGACAAACAUCAGUUGAAAACUUUCUACCUUCAACAAUUGUUUUACUUAGUUUUCCGCAUUGCAAUCACAAUCUGCAUCUGCUACGUUCUUCUCUCAAGCUCAACAUUCUAUCUUCUACUGUCAUUCCCAUGGCCAAAUUAUACCGUAAACUAUCAGCUACGAAGAGGUCCAGCGUCGCGGUGAGGUGAUUUUCGUGCCCCAGAACUGGUGGCACGGGGUUGUGAACCUGGAAGAUUCGAUCGCCAUCACACAGAACUUUUGCGGCUACGCAGAAUUUGACGAGGUCUGGAAGGUGACCCGGAAGCAGCGACACAUGCUGGCGCAGCGGUGGCUGAGCCAAUUGAAAAAGUACCGACCAGAAUGCUACGACCGAGCGAAGUAUUUAGACCAGAAGUACCCGAUGGAGAGUGACGACGUAUUUUUUCGUUUUUUUUUUGUGUAUCGAAUUUCAUUUCGUUUCUGACUUGUUUAAUCUUCUGAAGCAUAGAGAUAGAGGUGGUCCUAUGCAUCAGUAGCUAGUCUUGAUGCUUUUGCAACGCAUACUCUUGGUUGAACUCCAUCGUGGAAGAUUUCGGUGUUUUCAUCGUCACUGAAGCGUUCUACUUUUAGUGACUCUGCAUCUUCACAGGGCUAUUCCUCCAGUUCCUCCUCCAGUUCCUCUUCCUCGAGCGAUGAUGAUUCCGAUAUCGAUUUCGACGGUAUCGAGAACGCCGAGCGCUUCCGCCCGCCAUGGGUGCAGGCACACGACUUUCCGGCGUACCAGCAGAAGCUGCUGCAGCACACAGUCAAGUCGCGCUCAGAAAUUUCGAGGAGGCAAGCCGCGAAACUGAUGAAACGGAAAAUGCGGAGCGGCCAAGUAGGGAAUAAUCUGCUUUUGGAUGCUGGUAGAAAUAGUAAAACUCCUGGCGGGGCAGGUGGAUGUGGAUCUUCAUCCGGAAGCGACAGCAACGGGGACGAGAAUGUAAAAAUGUUUCAGCCGCACGACAGGAUAAUUGCUAACGGACGUGGAGGUCAAGGUCAUCAACAGCAGCAAAUACAUAACGGGGCGCCAGCAAGGCAUGUCGCGAGCAGCAAUGGUGCUGUGAAUGGUCAUGGGGUCGUGGACAAAACUGAAAGAAACGCGGCUUGCUACGACCACUUGUACCAGUAAAGAUGAAUUGGGGGGUGUCCUGCAAUGUCCACGCAAAAAAUUGCACAUCAUGUCUACCACCUAAAUGACGCAAAGCAUUAAAGUCAAAAACUUUAUCGCCUGCAAAUAAGAAUAUUAAUACCAGGUACAGAUUCACUAACUCACUGUACUAAGCGACAAACCUCGAGUAAAGCUUGAAGUAGUUGGUUCUACAUGGGGGAAUAACGUAGGAACAGGAUUCCUCAAGGGAACACGACCAACAUAAUUGUAAAAAGCGUAUCAAUUUUUUCAAGCGAAAGCGAAGCGAGUUUUUCAC